AUGCGUCAUGAGUCCGAAGAAAUACCCUUGCAUGACAUAGAUGAGGGCGAUAUGUCCGAUGGCACAGACUUGGAAGGCGAUGACUGGUAUGAUGACAGCAUCUUUGGUAGGUCACCCAGAUGUAUUCCAACACCCUCCAUACCAUCAACAUCGUCCGUACAACAGCAGGAAUGGUUUCCGUGGCCUAACAAAGCUACAUUCUUAACCCACCUUUUACUCAGUGCACCUCGUCUGCGCUUCUCUCAUAUGCAACAGCAUGCAAUACUGUCAUGGGCGAGGGAACUUGGUGCCAAUCCGUCGACCUACGAUACAAUGCAGCGCACUCGAGCAGAACUGAGACAUGCGAUCGGAAAUCCGACCCACUGUGAAUGCUCCUCCUCCGGCAAUGUCUGGUAUCUGAAUGACAUAGCACAAUCCGUGGCAGAGGAUUUUGCCAACCCCAUUACUCGUAGCAAGAUGGGACCACUGUAUCCCGAAGACCUCCAAGGCAGCAUGAAGCAAGUAUGGAAUGCGGCGAAGCUGCUAGUUUAUGUUCCUGACAACAUACUCACUGCAACCGUGCGCUCCAACGGCACAAUAUACUAUGUGGAUGAGCUAAUUCAGCGGGACCACGGAGAUCUGUUCAUUGCAAAGCGGUGGAUCUUGCGUGCAGGAGAGCACUGGGGCUUGGGCUAUCGUGUCCAUCGAUCUGAGCAAGGAACUCUGCACGUUGCGACGGACAAAAUAGUUGGUGUCCGUGUAUCAACCUUCAAGUAUAACGUUGUCGAUAUCCUCCUUCAAAACCAAGCUUCUCCACUGAUAUUUGAUGGAGAGAGAGCUGACUACCAAGUAGUAUGCCCACAUCCUCUGCGAGAGAAGGCGGGUCAGCGCAUGGUGUAUUCCGUUCCUGUCAUUGUUUUCAUCGAUGACGUCUCUGGAAACCAAUCAAAGCAGUGGAACAAGCACUUUGCGUGCUAUAUUUCCAAUGGCCUUCUCACGCGCGAGGCUUUAAUGGAAGAAUUCCAUGUGCGCUUUGUUGCAGCCUCUCCAACAGCGACCCCAUUAGAAAUCAUGCAGGGGGUCCGAAGUUCAAUGGAGUAG